CUUCAAUUGAAAUUAUUCAGAAAAAAAAAAAAAUUCAUCCAAGCUGCGAUAGAGAGAUGGACGAAUUGCGCCAGAUUGCUAAAGCCUACUACGAGCUUGCCCCCAAAAAUAUUCAGAAGGAGGCUCAAAAGUUUUUCAAUGAAAUUGACUUCAAUGGUGAUAGGCCUUUUAUAGCGCUUGAAGAAUUCCUGGAAUUCAUGAAGCAAAAACCAUAUAGUGCUUACAGGAGUUCUAAUUUGUUCAAGGAGCUUUGCAGAGGAAACGGUGCCAACAAAUUGGGGUUCAUGGACGUCAUGACUCUCUACUAUAUAGUUCAAAGUGGAAGGCCAUUUUGCAAUGGUUGUGAUGAAUUUAUCAAAGAUGUCUACUUUUGUUGCAUGGAAUGCUUCCACAGCUCCACCAAGUAUUGCCUUUGCCUUCAAUGUUACAAGGCCAAGAAAUAUAGAAAUCACCCUCAUCGUCAAUUUUUGGAUAACUUCACUUUGCGUGAAGCCAAUAGAAGAAAUGCAUUAAAUGGCGUAAAAUUCCCAAAUCAGGGUUCAUCUCUGCGUAUGUACGAUGCGGAAGACGACGGAGAAAGCUCUGGUGCAAUUGUUGCGGUGGGAGCAGCAAUAGUGCUGUAUAAAGAUAAGGAGAAGAAACGGGAGAAGAUGAAGGCCGCGCUCAGAAGGUUUCAGAAAGCACUGCAUGCUGGAGGAGCUGUCGAUGCAAUACCAAAGUGUAAUAUUCAGUGAAACGCAGGGAUAAAGCCGUCAAAGUCUUUGCUUUAGGGUUCACAAUUUUAUAUAAUAUAAUUAUUUAUAUUAAAAAUAUAUAAUAAAAUAUUUUUUAGAUUAAGUAAUUAUGAAACUUUUUUGUCCCACUUCCUAUCUUUUAUUAAUUUUUAAUUAUUUAU